AUGGCAACAUCAAGUAAAUCAAAUGUAUCAGGUGGAAUGGAUCCAAUUGCUAAUUAUUUAUCUAUGCAUACAUUAAGAGCAGUUGAACAAUUUGAUCAAGAAUCAAAUGAAAAUGAUAAUUGUUGUAACGAUAAAUGUUGUUCAUGUUUUAAUAAUUGGUGGAAUGUUAAAUUUAAUCAUCAACGUUUUAUUGUACAUAUAGUUGAAAAAACAGCAUUUCAUCUUGCUAUUAUAAUUUUAGUACUUAUCGAUUGUUUACUUGUUGUUAGUGAAUUAUUAUUAGAUUUUAUAUAUUUAAGUCAACAAUGUGAUAAUAAAGCAAAAAAUACAACACAUAAUGGUGAAGUUGAAAAUCAUAAAUUAAAAUUAGCUAUUGAAUUAUUACAUUAUGCAUCAAUUGUUUUAUUAGCUAUAUUUGUUGUUGAAGUUACAAUUAAAAUAUAUGCAUUUGGUAAAAAAUGGUGGAAUUUUCGAGGAAGAAAAAUGGAAUGGUUAGAUGCACUUAUUGUUAUUGUUUCAUUUGCUAUUGAUAUUUAUUUUUUAAAAAAACCAAGUGUCAUUGCAGAAAUUUCUUUAUUAUUUAUUUCAUUUCGUUUAUGGCGUAUUAUUCGAAUUAUUAAUAGUGUGGCUCAAUCAAUACGAUCACAAGAUGAAUCAGCAAAAAAAAAUUUAGCUAAUACAUAUUUACAAGUAAUUGAAUUAUUAUUGAAUGUUUCAACGAAAAAAACUGAUGUUACUUCGGAACUUCGACAUGAAUUAACAAGAGAAAAUUUUGAUAAAAUUAUUGAAAAAUUUACUUCAAUUGAUCAAACAUGUCGUACAGUAUUAACACAGUGUCAAAAGCCAUCAUCAAGAAAUGCUAUAACUGAUAUAGCACAAGGUUUACAAGAAACUGUUGAACAAAUACGUUUAACAUCAUCAACAUUAGGUAUAACAAAUAAAACGAAAUAA